AUGGGUAAUUAUUCCAAGUACUUCAUAGCUAUGUUCUAUGUAUUCAUAAAGAUGAUGAUACUGUUAUUAGAGCCAAAGAAGAACCAAAUGGUGAAUGCAGCGGAUAUGAACAAUACAACUGUUGUGGUGCCUCAUUUUUGUGCUACAGAUUCAACUCCUCUUCACGAACCCUAUAAGGAUAUCCGGAAAUUCAUCUGUUCAUCGCUUGAUUGGCACGGCUACAGUAUCGCCUUCUGGAAAGAUGAACAUGAUGUUGUUACAAUAGUACUAUCGGGUAUGUAUGAAAUGAACUGGAUUGGAGUUGGAGUAUCGCGAGAUGGGAAAAUGGUGGGUGCGAGUGCUGUGGUGGGAUGGCUGCGAGGCAAAGACAGCAACUCCAGCGUUAUAAAGAAGUACUUUUUGGAGGGUCAGUCGAGUGAUCAAUUUGUGCCAGAUAAAGGUGAUCUGGAAUUCGGCAAAGCUGCUCCUACAAUGCUUCUUCAAGACACAACCAUUUACCUGGCAUUUCAACUUCAAUUUGCAAACGGUAUUACUCGUCAACCUUUUAUAUUUGCUGCUGGAAUAGGAAAGCCUGGUGACAACAACAUCCUACCAAAGUACGCCUUUAAUACCUCCAUGACAGUUGAUUUCUCUAAAGGUUAG